AUGACCAUCUACCCGGCGCCCCACUUCUCUGCCACACUCCAAGUCCCGGUAAUCUACCAUCGCAGGACUUUGAAACCUUCAUACUACCUUUCUCAGGAACAUUCCGAUGAGGGCCCGAACACGUGGUUGGACCGCUACCUUGCCAGUCUCGGUGUGCUGUCUUCACCGGCGUUGGCGCUAUCAGCCCCGACCACUUCUCUCACGGAUUUUAUGCAGAUUCCAUGCAGUGGAACGCUUCCGAAUGUUCAAUAUCCACAGUUUCCGAUGCCUCCGAUCAUCCCGCCACAACAAGAAGAUCCGGUUGCUCCGACCCCGAAUCGUGCCGCGAUCAAAACUUUGGAGGAAAAGUUGAUCGAUCACAUCGUGAACUCAGUGUCGAGAGCGGAGCUCGACAAACUGCGAAAUGAGAGAAUGGAUAUGGAGAUGAAUUUCAAAAGAGUUUUGGACAACGCUCUCGAGAGAAUUAAAUAUCUCGAAGACGAAAAUCAGACAACUUCGGAGAAAAUGAUGAAGAACUUCGUGGCCACACAAUGUCAAAUGCAGAAGUCGAUUGAACAGCAAAAGAACGAGGUGAAAGCUCUCAAAAAGAGAUUAGAGGCGAUCGAGACGAAUCAGACGGAAAUGAUGAAAAGCGUUGCUGAUCAGAAGAGCCUCAAAGAAGAGUUGAGUGUGGUCAAAACUCAAGUGGACAAUGUCGAAACAAGAAUUGCUGAAAAUCGAGAGGAGAUGAAACAUUUUGAAAAAAUAAUGAUCGAGAUAAAGGAGAAUUCAGAAAAACGGUUUGCCACAAAAAUCGAGGUCGGCGUGGUUAAGAAAGUUAAUUUCAAGUUGGAUGAAAAAGUGAAGAAAGUUGAGAACGAGUUGACAAAGGGAUCGGACGAUAUUCGAACACUUCGCAACCAACUGUGCGGAGCAACGACGGAACAGAAGGCAGUCAAAGACGGACUGAUCAAAAAGAUCGAAGACCUGCGGAACUCCUUCCACGUUCGAGUCCAUUCGCUGGAGAAAGCGCUUCCGAAGGUCGAGCUCGCGUACUCUGCCGAACUCAAGAAAACGCAAAGACGUCUCGCUAACGUGGAGUGCAAUCAGAUGAAGGUGGCGGAGAAGAAUAAACGGAUGAUGGAGGGCUACCUCAAACUAGCUCAGAUUGAAGAGGUAAUAGUGAUUUGGAAAGGUGCCCGGGCUAAUAUUGUGUUGAUUUCAGGAGUCAUGCUGCAUUGCCACCAGCAGGGCGCCGGUUAUGCAGGUAAGAGGAUCUAAAAAAUUGGAAAAUGUCUAAUCUUCCCUCUUCAUAUCUAUUUUAUAGGCGAGAGUCGCGAAGAGGAAGAACGAUCCGGAUGGAAUGGAAAAUGGGAAGCACGCAAAACUUUAA